AUGGUGUUGGUGAUGGUGUUGGUGAUGGUGUCGGUGAUGGUGUCGGUGAUGGUGUCGGUGAUGGUGUCGGUGAUGGUGUCGGUGAUGGUGUUGGUGUUGGUGAUGGUGAUGGUGUGGGUGAUGGUGUCGGUGAUGGUGAUGGUGUUGGUGUUGGUGAUGGUGUCGGUGAUGGUGUCGGUGAUGGUGUCGGUGAUGGUGUCGGUGAUGGUGUCGGUGAUGGUGUCGGUGAUGGUGAUGGUGGUGAUGGUGUCGGUGAUGGUGAUGGUGUCGGUGAUGGUGUUGGUGUCGGUGAUGGUGUUGGUGUCGGUGAUGGUGUUGGUGUCGGUGAUGGUGUUGGUGUCGGUGAUGGUGUUGGUGAUGGUGUUGGUGAUGGUGAUGGUGUCGGUGAUGGUGAUGGUGUUGGUGAUGGUGUUGGUGAUGGUGUGGGUGAUGGUGUCGGUGAUGGUGUUGGUGUUGGUGAUGGUGAUGGUGUGGGUGAUGGUGUCGGUGAUGGUGAUGGUGUCGGUGAUGGUGUUGGUGAUGGUGUUGGUGUCGGUGAUGGUGUUGGUGUCGGUGAUGGUGUUGGUGUCGGUGAUGGUGUUGGUGAUGGUGUUGGUGAUGGUGAUGGUGUCGGUGAUGGUGAUGGUGUUGGUGUCGGUGAUGGUGUUGGUGAUGGUGAUGGUGUUGGUGAUGGUGAUGGUGUCGGUGAUGGUGAUGGUGUUGGUGUCGGUGAUGGUGAUGGUGUUGGUGUCGGUGAUGGUGUUGGUGAUGGUGAUGGUGUUGGUGAUGGUGUUGGUGAUGGUGAUGGUGAUGGUGAUGGUGUCGGUGAUGGUGAUGGUGUUGGUGUCGGUGAUGGUGUUGGUGAUGGUGAUGGUGUUGGUGAUGGUGUUGGUGAUGGUGAUGGUGUCGGUGAUGGUGAUGGUGUUGGUGUCGGUGAUGGUGUUGGUGAUGGUGAUGGUGUCGGUGAUGGUGAUGGUGUUGGUGUUGGUGUUGGUGAUGGUGUGGGUGAUGGUGUCGGUGAUGGUGUGUUAA